AUGGGUUUUCGCUUUGCUAGCUUAGUUCAUGCCAAGCAACUCAUUCAGAAGCCUUUCUCAAGUACAAAAGAUGUUCCAAAAGGGUACUUGGCAGUUUAUGUUGGGGAGAAGAGAAUGAAGAGAUUUGUAAUCCCGAUAUCAUUCUUGAACCAUCCAUCAUUUCAAGACUUGUUAAGUCAAGCUGAACAAGAGUUUGGAUUUGAUCAUCCAAUGGGAGCUCUUACGAUUCCCUGCAAUGAAGAAGCCUUCAUUGAACUCGUUUCUCGCUUAAACACCUAAUGAUGAGUAAACAGAAAUAGAAGAUAACUGCUAACAAUAUAGAUUGCCACAAUUUUGUAAUUAAGGCAUGUUAUGCCAAUACCAUGUACAUAUUUUUUUUCUAGAGGACACAAAGUAAAGUCCCCAAGAAAUGAUACAAAUGAAUACAAAUUCACUUAUUCUUCAA